AUGACGGUGGCGUCGAAUGUUGGUGGCAAUGAGAACGGUGGUGAUGAUGAUGAUGGCGAUAAUGGUGAUGAUGGUGAUGAUGACAACAACAACAACGACGACGACGACGACUUGGAACGACGACAACGAUGCUGCGACGACGAAGACAUCAACGACGAUGAUGAUGACAAUGGUGCUGAUGAUGACGAUGAUAAUGAGGAUAAUGAUGAUGAUGAUGAUGGUGAAGAUGAUGAUACGAGAGCGAUUUUCCCGCCAAAUCGCGCAAUCGUUUCGCGACGAGACGCGACGAUUCGCGACAUGCCGCGAAUGCAUAAUUUGUCUAGCGAAUUCGCCCGUCGUCCGCCCGGUAUGCAAAUAGUGCAGUGCGCUCGAUCGCUGUAUAAUUUUGUGUUUAUCGAGAUUUCACUCUCUGCUUGCGUAUAUGUAAACGAAGCCGAUGAAAUUAGUAUGGAAGAGAGCAGCUAUGUUCCAUUAGGUAAUGAAGCCGUUAUAAUGCCACCAUGUGGAUCACACACAUUAUUGCGAGUCGGCAAAUCCACUCCGUCAUGCGCCACUGGCUCACGACGCCGUAAGGGGCAACCGGUGAAACGAAAAAUUAUCGAGUGCGACGAGGAGUUCUGCAGUUCAACGAUGGCCAGCACUGCCGAUCACAAUGAGAGAGCCUCAAGUGUGCCUAAUGCAGUGUCGACGAUGGCGGCCGGCAGCGCUCCGAAGUCGAAAUGUGACUCCUCCUUCUGCUCGCUGUCCUCUUCCUUCUCAUCCGGCCACCAUCCAACAUCUAAUUCUUCUCAAGCGCUUCAGAUCGAACCGGCAUCAUUCGCUGUCGAUCCUAGUACUAUAAUGAUCGAUUCAAGUAAUAUCGUUGUCAGUUCAAGUACUUCUGAAGUUCUUGCCACCACUGGAGAGUUGGCUCUACAUAUGAAGCAGUCGCUACAUAAUUUAACAUCUGAAGAAUGCCCACCGGAUCCAAUACCAAAUUUGACAAAUCCACACAAAUUUUUGGGCGGGAUUGUCAAUCAGAGCACAGCUGCAGAUGAAAUGGAGUUGCUUCGACGUCUGAUUGUGUUGGUUGGAUCGAGUAACUUGGCUGGUCAGACAGCUGCAUUGCAGCUUCUUCUCUCAGCCAACAAUACACAGAACCUGUCCACAUCUCCAUUUUUGGCUAACCAAUAUCGUUCUGGGGCACCUGCACAAGCUCCUUUUUCUGAAGAUACCAAAAACCAGACGCAAACCAUACUUACAUCAUUAAUGAACAAAGCUCCAGCAGACGAUUCUGGCAGUUCGGGACCAUCUUCGAAAACGUGUCCUCUGAAAGUGAGCCGGAGUAAGAUCGACUAUUCAUUGGAGAAUUCGUUCUCUGAAACGUAUUCCAUGCUAACCAGCUUCUUAUCGAAAUUAGCUGUUGAACACGCGGGCACUACUGACAAGAGAAUCGUGGGGACAAAGCACAGCGAACCUCAUAGCAGUACUGGCAAAAUCCCAACGAUUCCACCACCAUCUUUUCUGAAAACGGCGCCCGGAUCACCUUCAAUCACAUCUGAUCGAUUCCUUGUCGUGCUGCCGGAAAACGCCUUGGAAAUAACGCCGGAAAACAGCACUGCACUUCUGAAUACCGUCAAAGAACAAGUAGACGUAUGCAUACGAUCACCGAAUGAGAUGCAUUCCAAGCAUGUAGACGGGCAAAAUGGUCUUCUGAAUCCAUUGUCGUUGGCAGCGCGACCGGAGAGGCAGUGGAAUCAAUCAGAUAUGGACACCAUGCUCAACUCCUCCCUUUUUCGAGCAUUUCCUCGAAUGUCGUUCCGACCACCUGUCAAGCGCAAACUUUUUGACGACUUUUCUGCAUCGACCUCGACUGUGCAAAAUUCAAGGCCGGAAAUAGAUGAUCUGGAAGGCUUCGCACAGCAUUUUAAAAAGCAACGCAUAAAACUAGGUUAUACACAAGGCGAUGUUGGUCUUGCGCUUGGUCGGAAGUAUGGUACCGAUUUCUCACAAACUACCAUAUCUCGCUUCGAGGCCAUGAACCUCUCCUUCAAAAAUAUGUGCAAACUUCGCCCGCUUCUGAAGGAAUGGCUGGAGGGUCAUGAAGCAGCAGUAGCCAACGGUGCAAACGUUGAAGAACUACGAAGCAUCGAAAUUUCGAAGGACAAAAUGGAGGACUGUGUGGACGAGUUGCCUAUUCAUAGACCCACAAGCAUUGAGCCGCUUAUGAAGAGACGUCGAAAACGCACAAAUCUCGACCUCUCACAGGUGGUUCGUGUAUGGUUCUGUAACCGUCGCCAAAAAUUACGUCGCUCUGAAGAUCUGUUUCCGAUGAUACAUUCAUCGUGCAGAACAAAGGCUAAGAAGUCCUAUCCGGUGAACCUCUCUGCAGAAAUGAGUGAGGGUAACCUAAAGUUGGAAACUGCUGAAACUACAACAAAUCUCUACUGA